GGGGGUGGUCCACAAAGAUCUCAUGCUGCCCCCACGUUUUGUUGGGAACCUAAUGCGAUCUCCAAUGCUUCCGACUUGCUUUCCGCUGCUCACACCAAUCUUCUUCACACAAUUCAAUUCAUCCUCCAUCGAUCAAAAGAUCCUCAACUCACCAUGAAGACGGUGUCGUUCUCGACGUUAUUGGGCGGUAUCACUACGGUCAGCGCCAACGCGUCUUUGCCUCCGGAGUAUCAUGCCCGUCCUUCGUACAUUGGCCCUCGCGAUCGAUUCUGGAGACACCACAAGGAAACCAAGACGUUGAUUGUGGAUGGCGUGGAUAACUAUCAGACCAUUUGGGAUUGUCUCUACGAAACCGAAGAAGGUGCUCUCAGCAAAGAAGAAGCGACGCAGUUGGAAACCAUGUUCCAAGAACAGGUCGAACCAGGUCGUGGCAUUGGACAACGCAUUGUGGACAACAAACAAGAUCGAUGGGGCAAUGUCAUUUUGGUAGAAGUCACACAGGCCAUGGCACCGCUUCAAGUCAAGGCGGUCCAACGAUUGGCCCAUUGUGUGCGAACGUAUCUCCCGCAGUAUUUUGAAGUGAGGGCCAUGUACAAGGAAUUCAACAUGGAAGAAGACGAAGGACUGGGUGGUAAUACUCCCACUCAUUUAAUGCCCUUUUUGGGAAUUUACUUGCCUACCAUUGUCGACACGAUUCUGAGUACCGUUCGAUUCGCGUACGAUCAUGCCGGAUGGCAGGGAAUCACCAUUCGCGACAAAAUCUUGGGCAAUUUGCAAACCGAUCCGGAUGCUCCCGUUUCCAAACAACAAGGACGUCGACGCUCGUCCACGGCCAUUCCACUCCCGGAAGAAUUGGGAUUUCGAGCGUCCGAGCAUUUGACAUAUGACGACUUUCCCAAUUUGGAUGCUCACUUUGAUGGACAGGAUACUGCGUACACGGUCAAUUUUGCGCUUUCCGGACCAGAGGAUUAUCAGGGUGGAUACCUCUAUGUGGUCGACAAUGAAGGAGAAAAGACCUUUUUCAAACCAGCCAAAUACUCGGCUGUGGUUUUCUUGGGAGGAUUUUAUUAUCACGGCGUCACUCAGAUUAGUGGAGGCCAUCGAGAAAUGUUUUCCAACGAAUUGUGGUUCAAUCCAGAUCUUCCUCUUGGAAAUACACUCUGGAAUUCCAAUGGCGACAAUAUGGACGAUUACAUUCGAGCAUGCAACAAGGCAGGACAUGUUCCUGGAGAACCUUGUUCGGUUUCCUUUUCCAAAGCAACGCAACAUGGUGUGUCGCGAGAGGCGAUUUUGGAACACUUGGAUGACGUGGAAAAGGCCAAGCAACAGGGAGCACCCCCUCCACCACCACUCUCCAAAGAGCAACAUGAACAAUGGGACAGUGGCGACUACUCGGAGAGUGACGAGGAUGAGGAAGAAUGGGGAGAAGACUACUGGGAACCCGAGGAGCGCUACCUUCCGGACUUUUUUCAAAGCGACAUGGACAAAUUGUUCUUUAAUGACACGGAAGAACCACACUUUUUGGUACCCCGCAAAUUGGAACCGGGACAACACUUGCCCAUCUUUUGGAGAGACAACAUGGAACGCAUCAAGGAUGAUGAAGCCUACGUUAUUGGGUUGCCACCGGAAUUGCAUCAAGAAUUCACCAAGUAUGUCGAAGGCAAUGGCAUGCUGGAACUGGCCAAGCGGCUCAUUUACGAACAUGAUUCUCUGUCCGAAGAAGAACGGUUUGACCACAACCAGGAAAACAAGAUUUACACCCUCAAAGAUGGUCAAACCUGGGGAACUAUGCGUCCCAAGUGGGCAGGCAUGGAUAUGAUUUGGAUCGAUCCUGGUGAUGAAGAAUGCUUUGAGAGUCUGGUCAAUGUCCUUCGAAAGGGAAACUUUGAUGUUGUGUUGGAGUCUGUGGCAGAGCUGUUUGACUUGGAUGGCGUCAUGAUUCAAGGCAUUGGUCCCAUCUUUUUGAGUCAUUUUGACCACGAUCCCGAAUACAAUCAAAUACACCAUGAUUUGAUCGAAGCCAAGGGUGCUUUCUACAAUGUCAUUGUCCCCAUUUACAUUCCCGAAGGAGGAGCACCCCUGUACUUGGGAGACGACGAACGCGCCUCGCCCAUUCAAAUGCGCUACAAUCGUGGUAUUGUACAGGGCGCCGGAACUCGUCACGGCACCGGUGAAUGCGAUUACCGCCCUCAAAAGGAUGUUCGCUUGUCCGUGGCCAUUUAUUUGGCCGAUGUCAAUGAUGAAAAUGUCGAGAUUGUGGCAUCCGAUAGUACAUCAUUGUGGCCCACACAGGGUGACACUCACUGGUUCCGUGCACAAAAGGGACGCUUCUUGAGUCGCGAAGACCCCUCCCGUAGCUUGAAAACGGAUCAAGGACGUGUCCCCAUUAACGUGCAAGACACACGACCUGACUGCGUCGAACAAAAGGAACUUUGUGUGAACGACCCCGAUGGAUUCCGUCUGGACUGUCCCAAGACUUGUGAAUUGUAUUUGGAGGAUGAAAAGUACUACUCGACGCUAAAGGACAUGGUGGACGGCAAGUACCAGGACAAGAAGGCUCGCAGGGAGGCGGAGCUAAAAGACGUUCCAGCUCCCACUUGUGUGGCCAAAGAUGGUGGUCAACCAACCUGUGAGGAGGCCACUGCCACUGCGUAGGAGAAAUCGGGCUGUAGUUACAAACUGCAUGACACCCAUCAAUCAUCGAUCUGGGCAACAAGACUACAUACAUUUAAUGCAUACUUUUCUAACUAACUUAAAGCACUCUUUUACAUUCC